AUGUCUCCACAAAUCACUAGCAAGUACGGCUACACUACCGAAGUCCAGCACAUCGUAACGGCGGACGGUUACAUCGUGGAAAUGCAUCGCAUUUGUGCGUCUCCCUCGUUUGGUCCCGCUGAUCCAUCGCAGCUGCCCGUGCUGUUCAUGCACGGCCUGAUGGGUUCAUCGGCCGACUGGAUCUUCAUCGGGCCACAGGAUGCUCUCCCGUACCUGCUCUCCGAUCGCGGGUACGACGUUUGGCUAGGAAACGCACGUGGAAAUCGCUACAGUCGCAACCACACCCACCUGUCGCCGGAAGCCCGCGAGUUCUGGAACUUUUCCUUCCACGAGAUCGGCCUCUAUGAUCUGCCGGCGAUGGUCGACCACGUGUUGCAGCAAACGGGCCACUCAAAACUGCACUACGUAGGCCACUCGCAGGGCUCCGCCAUUUUCUUCAUCCUCAACUCGGUGCGCCCGGAGUACAAUCGCAAAUUUCACCUAAUGCAAGCACUGGCCCCGGCCGUGUUUAUGGGCCAUCUGAGUAACCCGGCCCUGCGGUUCCUGUCGCAAUACGAAGCGUUGGCAUCGUAUCUUCUCGCCUCCGUGGGCAUCUUCGAGAUGAAACCAUUGCCGAGGGAAGUGACCCAAUUGGCCCACGACCUGUGCCCGGACUUUAUGCGUGUUUCGCUGUGCCUGGAGCUGAUGCAUGCGAUAACGGGCAGCAAGUACCAUUACUUUGGCGCCGACGGGUUUCCGAUGAUUUUCCACCACCUGCCGGCCGGUUCGUCCACGAAACAGUGGGCCCACUUUGGCCAGGAGGUGGUGUCGGGCCACUUCCGGCCCUUCGACUACGGGCCCGCGGAAAACCGUCGCCAGUAUGGUAGCGAAACACCGCCCGACUACAACCUUGCCAACGUUUGGGUCCCGGUCGUCAUUUACUAUGGCCUUGCCGAUGAACUGGUGCACCCGGCCGACGUUAGCUUGCUGGCGGAAAAGCUACCGAACCUCGUGGCCCUCAACCAGCAAGCGAACGUUACGUUUAACCAUAUGGAUUUCCUGGUUGCCGGGAACGCCAAGGACGCGCUGUACGAUAACAUUAUCAGGAAUGUGGAACAACGCCAACGGUGA